AUGGCAGUGAGUGUUUUGGUUCAUCAAGAGGAUUCUUACCCGGAAUUGCAGAUUAUCGCUGGCAUCAGCCAAGGCUUCGCAUCAAUCGCGAACAUCAUCAUCUUUAUUGCGAUGUGUUGGUCAUUGCAUCCAGCACAUUAUCCGGACAUGCUCCAGCCCGAGGGGGUGGUUGAAAACCUCGUUGUACUGUUUGUUGGCCGUGGCCUGGGACUCGCCAUCAUUCAGCUGGUGUAUCUUGGCACAUUUGUUGCAUCACCAGGAAAACCAUAUUGGAUAGCGAUCCAGAUGGUGACCCCCAGGAUUUACGCUAAUAUUGUCUUGGGACUCUUGACCGCCCGGGAGGUCAAACACGGCGUCGGUCUCAACGAAGAAGACACCUUGUCUGAUCGACACGAUUCCCAAAACGAUGCUUUCCAAGGCUCGCUCCGCUUCCGCGGCAGAAAAGCAACGCAGCAGUCAUCGAGCUUUUCGCAACAAGGGGAGAACAGCAGGAGUACCAAAAUUGAGGAAGCAAGGAAAUCAUAUCCUGAUGACCAGAACUUGGUGCAUUCGUGCCAUAUGGCAUUGAAGACGUCCCCUGAUCUUACAGAUUUAUGCAGAGGUCCGUUCAUUUAA